AUUUUCCCUCUGGGAUCGACUUGGGGCUGGGAUCUUGGAGAGUCUGGGCUCUAUGGCACCAUGAUAGAGCGUCGAGUCUGGAGUUGCCGAGCUUGAGGUGAUAUCGAGAGCGCAUCGCGACAUUAUGUCCCCCACUGAGCAGCCAAGGAAGUCGUUCGCCCCUGGGCUGGCGUAGAAAUCUUCGAGGCCGUGGACGAAAAGUCUAUGCUUUGGGUAUUUAUAAUGCAGGCCAUACAUCCUGUUUGUAUGUCCCAUGCACUCUAGUUCUCAUAGCCUGCAGUUCCAUCUCCGCGGCAUCGUCGUCUCAUUGCUCCAUCUCCGCGGACCCGACUAUGGCGACCAAAGACAGUCCCAACCCGGACACCAAGGAGGUCUUCGUCCAGGAACAGUCCUCAGCUACCAACUAUGACAGCGGCAACGACACGGCCUCCUCUGCUGGCGACCAUGUCUUCUCCGAUGCCAAGGUUGCCGACCACUGGCGCCAGGUCUACGAGAAGGCUCAGUACGAGAACCGCCAUCGCUUCGACCCUUCCUUUACAUGGAGCCCCGAAGAGGAGGCCCGCCUGGUGAAGAAGAUCGACUGGCGCAUCACGCUCUGGGCGUGGGUCAUGUUCCUCGCUCUCGAUUUCCACCGUCGAAACAUCAACCGCGCCAUUUCCGACAACAUGCUGCCCGAGCUUGGCAUGGACACCAACGACUUCAACUACGGCCAGACGAUCUUCCUCGUUACGUUUCUCUCCGCAGAGCUUCCCAGUGGCUUGAUUAGCAAGAAGCUUGGCGCCGAUAGAUGGAUUCCGUUCCUCAUCUGCUGUUGGUCUAUUGUUGCCGGCUCCCAGGCCGCGCUCCAGAGCAGGGCUGGGUUCUAUGCAGUCAAGGCCCUGCUGGGGCUUCUCAUGGGAGGAUUCAUUCCUGAUAUUGUCCUCUGGCUCACCUACUUCUACAAGUCGAACGAGCUGCCCGUCAGACUCGCCUUCUUCUGGACUGCUCUGAGCACCUGCAACAUUGUCGGAUCUCUGCUUGCGGCGGGUAUACUGCAGAUGCGAGGCAUUCUCGGCUGGGGUGGCUGGCGAUGGCUGUUCCUCCUUGAGGCCAUCGUCACCUUCAUUGUCGGUGUCUUUUCGUGGUUCCUCAUGCCCCCAGGUCCCUGCCAGACCAAGGGGCUGCUCCGCGGCAAAGAUGGAUGGUUCAACGAGCGCGAGGAGCUCAUCAUGGUCAACAGACUCCUUCGUGACGACCCCAGCAAGGGCGACAUGAACAACAGGGAAGCUGUGAACCUCCCGAAGCUGUGGAAGGCCGUCAAGGAUUGGGAGCAGUGGCCGCUGUACCUCAUCGGUCUUCUGGCUUAUAUCCCCCCGUCCCCGUUGAGCACGUAUCUCUCCUACAUCUUGAGGCAGAUUGGCUUUUCCGUCUUCCACGCCAAUUUGCUUGCCAUUCCCUCGCAGUUCCUCUACGCCGUCAACCUGCUCAUCAUCACCUGGUUGUCGGAGAAGUUCAAGGAACGCUCCAUUUUGGCGUCCAUGUCUAACAUCUGGAUCUUCCCCUGGCUUGUCGCACUCGUGGUUCUCCCUGCUUCCAUCUCGCCCUGGGUGCGCUACGCCCUCAUCACCGGCCUCCUCAGUUACCCGUACUGCCACGCCAUCCUGGUCGGCUGGAACGCCAAGAACAGCAAUAGUGUGCGAACCAGAGCCAUCAGCGCUGCACUCUACAACAUGUUUGUGCAGUCGGGUAACAUUGUCGCGUCCAAUAUUUACCGCCAGGAUGAUGCGCCACUGUAUCGCCGAGGCAACAAGAUCCUGCUCGCCAUCGCGUCCUUCAAUAUUGUGCUAUUCUACCUCGUCAAGGCGUUUUACAUCUGGCGAAACAAGUCGCGCGAUCGCAAGUGGAAUGCCAUGACCAAGCAGGAGCAGAUCGACUAUUCUGUGCAUACCACUGAUGAGGGUCAGCAACGGCUGGAUUUCCGGUUUGUUCACUGAGGGAAGCGGAUAGUAUAGAGGACAAGUUCAGAUAGCCUGUGGAAAUGCUCAGCAGAUAUGUUGAUCUCUCACUGCGUCAACGUUACACCUGUGGCUUGUCGUGCGCGCUGAGAGGCUAACAUCCACUGGCUAUAUCCUAGGACUGGUAAUUAAACAGCGGUUGGUAUAAUUAAAUAAUGGAGUUUAAGUCAGC